AUGCAGCCGAAGACUGGAAUUCGUGUGCUAGUCAAAUUAUCGCGCGCCCCUGCCAGAGCAGCGCGCGCCCCAGCAGAACAGCGCGCGCCUCAGGAGAGCAGCGCGCACCACCCAGCAGAGCAGCGCGUGCCACCCUGCAGAGCAGCGCGCCACCUAGAAGAGCAGCGCGCCACCCAGAAGAGCAGCGCGAGCCCCAGCAGAGCAGCGCGCGCCACCCAGCAGAGCAGAGCGCGGCCCGGCAGAGCAGCGUGCGCCACUCUGCAAAGCAGCGCGCGCCCGAGCAGAGCAGCGCGCGCUACUCAGCAGAGCAGCGCGCGCCACCCACCGCGCGCUCCACCCAGCAGAGCAGCGCGCGCCCCAGCAGAGCAGUGCGCGCCACCUAGCAGAGCAGCGCGCGCCCCAGCAGAACAGCGCGCUCCACCUAGCCUAGCAGCGUGCGCCAUCAGCAGAGCAACUCACGCCCCUCCCCCCCGCUCUACCCCUUAG